GGCGUGUAAAAUGUAGAGAAGCGUGCAGACUGUCGGACCGCGCACGGUGCUCGCUUAAAGCCGCAGGAUUUGGAUUAAGGAGCCUGCGAGAGAGCCGAUGAAGGACUGGGAGGGCGCUAAGGAGGGAGGGCGCUAAGGGCUGGUUUUGAUCUUUCACCGGAUCGCCAGGAGAAGGGGAGGCGCGCGGGCAAAUGGGCUAUUUUGGAGCGGGGCACUGAGCCUGGUGGCGGUGUUGUCUUCAGGCAGCCUUCGACGCGAGCGCACCUCUCCUCCUCCCCUCUGCUGCGGCCGCCCCACUGAGGGCAUUGCACGCCGCCCCCCCGGACAGAAGAGCCUCGUCGUCCCCCGCUUGCCGAGCGCUCCUCGCCGGACAUGAAAGUGCAGCCGGGCUGCAACACGUCAGACAUGGGCAUCCCCGUCACCACCGAGGAAGAGCUGCGCAGAAACAGCGUCAUCACGCCCGAGGAUGUGCUCGGCUUGCAGAAGAUCACGCAGAACUACCUUUGCUCUCCGGAGGAAAACGUCCACAUGAUCGACUUCACCAGGUUUAAGAUCCGCGACAUGGAGACCGGCACAGUCCUGUUUGAGAUCACCAAACCCCCGAUACCAGCGGGAGGAAGAAAGCACUGCGACCCCAACGCCGGGCGCUUCGUGCGGUACCAGUUCACCCCGGCCUUCCUGCAGCUGCGACAGGUCGGAGCCACGGUGGAGUUCACAGUGGGCGACACGCCCAUCAACAACUUCCGUAUGAUCGAGAGGCACUACUUCCGGGACCAGCUGCUCAAGAGCUUCGACUUCGAGUUCGGCUUCUGCAUGCCCAGCAGCAAGAACACAUGCGAGCACAUCUACGAGUUCCCCGCGCUGUCGGAGGACAUCAUGCGUGAGAUGAUUCUCCAUCCGUAUGAGACUCAGUCUGACAGCUUCUACUUUGUGGACAACAAGCUGGUGAUGCACAACAAGGCAGACUAUUCCUACAGCGGGGGGCCGUAGGACCACCAUCACCCCAACCCUCCCCCCCCGAGUUAGACAUUCCCCCCGCACAACCGCUACAACUUCAGGACCACGACUCGAAGAAGGGAUCAGUGGCGUCCCGUGUUGGUCAACACACGCAGCGUCCAUCCAGUACAUAUCAGCGGGCUCCACUCCUUCAUUAGAUUUGCAUUGUGUUUCGAUAAUAGUUCCAACUCGUCUGUACGGAGUGGAAUAUUUCUAUAGUUUGUACUACUGAUCGCACACUCGCGAAUGCGGUCGAAGCGUCAAGCGUGUGGAUGUGCGUGAGUCGUGUGGAUUUCUUUCUUUCUUUUCAGGUUCAUAGCACUUCUGUGUCCAGAGUAUUUUUCAAGACGAGUAGCCAUUUUUAAGUGUCAGGCAGCAUACAUACUGUAUCGGUUUUGAUAUUCGAUAAUACGUGCACUGUAGCACUGAAGUAUGCCGUUGCACUCAAAAUGAUUCAAGCCCCGUUGUUAUUUGCAACAACCUCGCAGUAGUUUGCAUUAAACAAACAAAACAAGAGCUACUGAAGUAGCUGACCUAGCUGAAGAUGAUUAUAAAUACAGUUAGUACAUUGGGCAAAUAAAUGUCUCUUACAAUGGGGGCUUGGUUGAUUCUAAGUGUAACUACAUUUUAAUGAUGCUAAAUGUAAGUAAUUUAUGUCAACACAUUUUGAAAUUCCAUCAGUGCAAUAAAUAUGGAACUUUU